CCAACAGCUAUCUGUGAAACGCAUCAUUGAAUUGAAUUGAAUUGUAUUUAGGUUAAGUAGUGCAAAUUGUUUAUUUUCGUUUAUUUUAUAGUGAACAAGGAAGGAAUGUCUAAACAAUACGGUUUGAUAAUUCCCAAUAAAGGCAAGCAGCAUCUGGUGCAAGCUCCGAUAGCAAGACCCUCUAUUUUCGAUAAUGAUUCUGAUUCGGACGCUCCACCGCCUUCGUUGAAGCCGACCGGUCUUGGCAAGAUCCGCAAACAAGACAAAUUAAACCAGAAUAAAGCGCUAGAGGAAGACCCCACCGUCUAUCAAUAUGAUGAAGUGUAUGAUGUUAUGGAGCAAAGUCGCAAGGAGUCUAAGUUAGCGCGCAAAGAUCUGGACAAGAAACCGAAGUAUAUAACCAAACUGUUGGCUGCAGCCGAGAGGCGGAAACGAGAAAAUGAGAGGAGAAUUGAGAGACAAGUACAAAAGGAACGGGAGGCCGAAGGUGAAGAGUUUAAUGACAAAGAAUCGUUUGUGACAACAGCAUAUAAAAAAAAGCUUGAGGAAAUGAAGGAAUUAGAGGAGCAGGAAAAACGUGAGGAAUACUUGGAGAGUAUCGGAGAUGUAACAAAACAGGGCAACUUGGAUGGAUUUUAUAGGCAUUUGUACCACCAAAAGGUGAAUUAUGAUGAUGACAAAGUGAAAGAGGAACCAAAAAGUGACUCUGAUGAAAAUAAACGAAAACUAUCUGAAUAUGAGUCGGAUGAAGACAUCAAGCCAGCAAAAAAAAAUCGGCAAUCGGCAAAAAGGAAUUACCGAACUAGAAAACAAUCAGAAAAGGAGUUGGAGGAUGAUGAGGAACCGGUAACAGUGAAGAAGGAACAUUUACCGUCCAAUUUGGAUGCCGAUUCGGAUUUUAGCAUUGACUCUUCAGAUGAUGAAAGUGAAGAACAGAAAACAAAUAACAUACAGGAAAAUGAAAGUAAAGAAGUGAAAGAGACUGCUGUGGAGAAGGGCAACGUGCUUGGCGACAAUAUGGCGCUGGCCAAAGCACAAGAAGACGAUGAUGAAAAGAAGGUACCUGAUAGUAAGGAGGAGGAGAUAGAAGAGAAACCAAAAAGGCCAAAAAUUGAUAUUUGGAAAAAGAGGACGGUGGGCGAUCUUUUUGAUGAAGCUGUCAGGAGGUAUUUUGAACGGAAGGCCACUAGGGAUGCAUUCAGAAAUGGUUAAUUCAUUGUAUAUAAGUUAGGUUAGGUUAGGUUAAGUAUGAUUUGUAUUAAAGUACAAUUUGAUUAUGA